UAUUAAUGGGGAGAUUCUACGACCAGGAGCAACUAGGUUUGCAACUCACUUUCUCCUAUUAAAAUCAUUAUUUCAGAAAAAAGUCGGAUUGAAAGCCAUGUUCACUUUUGAAGAUUGGGAAACCUCUCGAUACUCUAGUUCUACUGAAGGAAGGGAGGUACAAAAAAUUAUUAUAUCUGCUAGAUUUUGGGACUAUAUUUCAGAUAUUCUUAUAGCAGUGGAACCCUUGUACGUUGUUCUACGAAAAGUUGAUAUGGACAAGAAGCCACAAAUGGGCAACGUCUACCGUCUAAUUCACGAAGCAAAAGAGGAAAUUAAGAGACGUCUACAAUCUCCAACCAAGUAUCAAUAUUAUAUUGAUAUAAUCACUACAAGGUGGGACAACCAAAUGGGAAAACAUAUUCAUUUAGCAGGUUAUUAUCUCAAUCCGGCAUAUCAAUAUCGUUAUAAUCUUGCCACAAAUGAAGAUCUAUUAGUAGCCCUUAGAAAUGUAAUAUCAAGGCUCCAAAAAAAUAGAGAAUUAGCUGCUGAGGCUAUUAAUGAAAGUCGAUUAUUUCGAGAAGCAUAUGGUUCUUUUAGCGAUUCUUUUGCAGUGUCAUGCAGAUAUAAAAUGGAUGCAGGUAAAUAUAGAAAAAAUUAUUACUAAUUUUUGUCAAUAAAUAUAAAUACUAUUUUAAUUUUAUUCUUAU